AUGAUACAUGCUUAUGUUAAAAUAUUUUAUAUAGCAGUUUUAUUCGGAUUAAUCGUUUUGCAUCAAAAUGUGUUUGCACAAAAACAACCAUAUGAAGAGAAAAAUGAAGAUAACAAAUUAAAAACAAGAACAUUAAGUUACUUAAGAGAAAACAAAGAAGACGAACCAAAUAAAAUAGAACCAAAUAAAAUAGAACCAAAUAAAAUAGAACCAAAUAAAAUAGAACCAAAUAAAAUAGAACAACCAAAUAUAAUACAGGAUGAAAAUCAAACAAAUACACAAUUAAGGAAUCAACAGAUUCAAAUAAAUAAUACAAUUGAUGAAAUAAUUCAAAAUUCCGAUGGAGAUGAAAAACUUCAAAGACUUAACAGUACAUCAUGGUUAAUAAAUAAUAUGGAAGCACCUGAAGAAGUUAAACAGAGACUUAGAGGGCUAGCACAAUCAUACAUAUAUAACGAAGAUGAUACGCAAAAAAGAAGAAUAAUUAAAGAAAUUUAUAACUAUAGUGUUAAAGAAGAAAAUGACGAUAUUAGAAAAAUGUUCUUAAAAAUACUUAAAUGUAGAAAUUUAAAUAACACAGAGCCUCAAGAGUAUCAUUUACCUUUAGAAGGAACAUGGCAUCUGUGUUGUCUUUUCGCAUAA